AUGGACGCCAUCCUAGAACAAGCGCGUGUAAUCUACGAAGGAGAAAUCGACUUCUCCGGCCAACGCCUCGCCGAACUCCUAACCUACACCCUCCUCACUCUCUCCGGAAUCCUCGCCUUCCUCGUCGGUUUCUCCACCCAAGACAUUUACAAAACCCUCUACAUUGGCGGCGUCGGAACACUGCUCACGUUUGUCGUUGUGGUGCCCCCGUGGCCUUAUUUCCAGAAGAAUCCUUUGGCCUGGUUGCCUGCGAGGACGGGGGCAGUGGGGCAGAGAUUUGAUAUCGAGGUGGAUGGGAAGAAGGUUAGUUGA